ACCUUUGAUGUAACUGACAAGUACAUAUCUAUUAUAUUUGUAGCAGGUCUCAAUGCACUAUUGUAACGGGUGGCGCAGAAUAAAUAGCCCCCUCAAUAUUUUGAUCAUAACUUUUUCAUUUUUCAUGCUAUCGAGCUAUAUUUUUUUUUAAAAGAUGCCCCGUGAAAUUCUCUACAAAACGAAUAUAUUUUUAUUAUCUUAAAUAAUCUCCAUUAUUUCGUAACAUGCGAUAGAAUUGAUGGGUCCAAAAUCCCUAACUUUCAAAGGUAACAUUUUAAUUCUUCGAUCACUACUGCUUUUAAUGCCACUCUAUUUAAAAAAAAAAUAUAUCACAAGAUGCAGCGUGAAAAGCUCUACAAUCUACAAAUUAAAGUUUAUUUGAAUUGCAUACUUUUUGUUUUCGAAAAAAGCAAAACUCUGUACGAAUAAUUUUUGCCGUUGUGAAAGAAUCAUUUUUUUUUACAUGAACGAGAAUCUUUUUUUCUUAUUUUAUCUUUUUAUCAUCUAAUAUAUUUUCUUUAAAAAAACCAAACAUAUCACAAGAUGCAGCGUGAAAAACUCUACAGUUCACAAAGAACAGUUUAUUUUAUUUCUGUAUCUUUUAUAUCCAAAAAAAAACUCUAAAUUCUCUGCGAUCGGUUUUUGCAACGCCAAAAAUUGGUCGCACAGAGAAUUGCAUACUUUUUGUUUUCAAAAAGUAUGCAAUUCAAAUAAACUUUAAUUUGUAGAUUGUAGAGCUUUUCACGCUACAUCUUGUGAUAUAUUUUGUUUUUUAAAUAGAGUGAUAUUCAAACCAGGAAUGAUCAAACAGUUAAAAUAUGCUGUAAAAAAAUUCGCAAAAAUGUUGUCUUUGAAAGUUAGGGAUUUUGGACUAAUCAAUUGUAUCGCAUGUUACGAAAUAAUGGAGAUUAUUUAAGAUAAUAAAAAUAUAUACGUUUUGUAGAGAAUUUCACGGGGCAUCUUUUAAAAAAAAUAUAGCACGAUAGCAUGAAAAAUGAAAAAGUUAUGAUUAAAAUACUGAGAGGGCCAUUUAUUCUGCGCCACCCGUUAUAUCUCAAUAGAUUUGCAAACAUUGAUAUUGAUAAUUUCUCUAAAGUUUUAAUUUGUUAUGUUGAUCAUAUGACAUUACUGCAUAGCCUGUAAUGAUGUUAGUAAAACAUGAUCAUAGGUGCACACACAAUACUGAGAGCUUCGUUGCAUUUAAGAUAAAUAAUAUGAUGUUUUUUUGUUUUACUAAAAACUAAAAAUUUGAAAUCUAUUGAACGAAUUAAUAAUUUUAUGAAAAUUUUUUAUUCAUUCUAGAACCAGCUGAAUUACCUGAAAGUAAAUAUCUUCGUGUUGGAAAUAAAAAUUUUUAUUUCGAUAGUGGUUCAAAUACUCGUGGUAUUUUCUUACGUAUAUCAGAAGUUCGCCCUAAUUAUCGAACCGCUAUCACAAUACCAGAAAAAGUCUGGUCUCAUUUUCGCGAUAAUAUUAAUGAUUUUAUUCUUACAAUGAAUAAUGAACGUCAUACUACAACAUCAACAAUAGAUAAUUCUCCAUUAAAUACUGGUGAAAAUUCGCCCAGCGAUGUAGAUGAAGAAAAAAACUAA